AUGGAUUGGGUUGGGGCAAUACUUGGGUUGCUUGCUCUUGUUUAUGUACUGCAAGCAUGGCUGUCCAAAAGCAAGAACAAGAAGAAGAGAUUGCCUCCUGGUCCAAGAGGGUUUCCACUUUUCGGAAACCUGCACAUGUUAGGGGAGUUCCCUCACCGGGAUCUGCAUCGACUAGCCCAAAAGCACGGCGACAUCAUGUAUCUGCGCUUAGGCCUUGCUCCUGUUGUUGUUGCCUCGUCCCCUCAGGCUGCUGAGCUGUUUCUCAAAACACAUGACCUUGUUUUUGCAAGUAGGCCACCUCUUCAAGCUGCUGAACAUAUUUCCUACGGGCAAAGGAAUUUGUCCUUUGGUGCAUAUGGCUCCUAUUGGCGAACCAUGCGUAAGAUGUGCACCCUAGAGUUGCUUAGCAGCCACAAAAUCAAUUCUUUCAAGCCCAUGAGGAAAGAAGAGCUUGCCCUCUUGACUAAGUUCAUUCAAGAGGCUGCUCGUGAUCGUGUUACUGUUGAUCUCAGUGGCAAGGUUGCGUCUCUCACUGCCGACAUGAGCUGCCUGAUGGUGUUUGGGAAGAAGUACAUGGAUAAAGAAUUUGACGAGAGGGGUUUCAAGGCUGUGAUCCAAGAGGGCAUGCAUUUAUCAGCCACCCCAAACUUUGGUGAUUUCAUUCCUUUUAUUGCUCCACUUGACCUCCAGGGGCUAACUAAGCGCAUGAAGGGUGUUAGCAAGGUGUUUGAUGCAUUUUUUGAAAAGAUCAUUGAUGAGCAUAUUCAAUCUACAGAUCAAGAAAGAACUAAGGACUUUGUUGAUGUCAUGCUGGGCUUCAUGGGGUCAGAAGAAUCCGAGUACCGAAUCGAACGCUCCAACAUCAAAGCUAUAAUUUUGGACAUGCUCGCCGGCGCAAUGGACACAACAGCGACAGCAAUCGAGUGGACGCUCUCCGAACUCAUCAAGCAUCCGCGGGUGAUGAAGAAAGUCCAGAAAGAGUUAGAAAACGUAGUGGGCAUGGAGAGGGAGGUGGAAGAAUCAGACUUGGGGAAGUUGGAGUACUUGGACAUGGUAGUAAAGGAGACCAUGAGGCUUCAUCCAGUGGCACCAUUGCUGCUUCCCCAUGCGGCCAUCGAGGACUGCAAUGUCAAUGGCUUCCACAUACCCCAAAAAUCUCGUGUUAUGAUCAACAUAUUUGCAAUUGGGAGAGACCCGAGUAUUUGGACUGAUGCAGAGAAGUUCAUACCCGAAAGGUUCGACGGUAGCAAUAUCGAUUUUCGGGGACGUGACUUUCAAUUUAUUCCAUUUGGGUCUGGCAGGAGAGGUUGCCCCGGAAUGCAAUUAGGGAUAACUAUGGUCCAGCUUGUGGUGGCACAACUUGUUCAUUGUUUUGAUUGGGAGCUUCCAAAUAAUAUGUUGCCGUCUGAGUUGGACAUGACGGAGGAGUUUGGUCUAACAGUUCCUAGGGCUAAGCAUCUAUUGGCAGUUCCUACUUAUCGCCUUCAGCAGCAAUGA